AUGGCUGAUCAGAAAUGGGUGGCUGAUAAAUUAGAGAAGAGGUUAUUGACCCAACCUCACAUGACUCAUGGCAAAGCUUUUGAUCAUAUUAAGAUAGACUUUAAUGUGGUGUGCAGUGACAAGAUGAUUUAUAGAGCUUUAAGGGUUGCUAGGGAAAGGUAUGUUGGGAAUGAGAGGGCUCAGUAUGGAAAAUUGAGAGAUUUUCUCACUGAAAUACACAGAAGCAAUCCUAGCAGCACUGCAUUGCUGGAAACAACCCCCACAAUUCCUGGUUCACCGCCAUUGUUUAGCAAACUGUAUAUUUGUCUGGAGGAAUGUAAAAGGGGGUUUAAGGCUGGUUGCAGACCACUGAUUGGGUUGGAUGGAUGUCACUUGAAAGGAUAUUAUGGGGGGCAAUUGUUGUCUGCUGUAGCUCAAGAUGCAAACAAUCACUUCUAUGUGAUUGCCUAUGCGGUGGUUGACAGUGAAACAAAACAAAGUUGGAAGUGGUUUUUACAACUUCUUCAAGAAGAUAUUGGUAACUGCUCAACAGAAGAAUGGAAUUUUAUCUCGGAUCAACAGAAGGGUUUACUGCCUGCUUUGCAUGAGGUGAUGCCAAAUGAACACCACAGGAAUUGUGUAAGACACAUUUGGAAGAAUUUUAUUGGGAAGUUUAAGGACAAACAACUAAGAAAUAUAGUGUGGACAUGUGCAAAGAGUAGUACAGAUGCAGAGUUGCAACAUCAUAUGCAAAGGCUAAAGAGGAUGAACGAAGAAGCAUGGGCAUAUCUUGCAAAGUUUCAACCCUCUUGCUGGACCAAAUCUUAUUUUAGUCAUUGGCAAAAACUUGACAACGUGACCAACAACAUGAGUGAGAUUCUAAGCACCUACACUGGAGUACUGGCACCAGUUCAGCAAAGGAAAUUGGAGGACCUUAUGAAGGAUACUAAAUUCUGGACGGCUCAAUGGACUGGUGACAAUGAUCGUAACGUGUUUGAGGUGCAGACACAUUCAAAGAAGGUUGGUGUUAAUCUUGGAAGGCAUACUUGUACCUGCAAUAUGUGGCAACUGACAGGAAUACCAUGUGUUCAUGCAUUAGCAGCUAUUCAAAAGAGGUGUGAUAGGCCAGAACUAUAUGUGCAUCCUUGGCUAAAGAUGGAUGCAUUUAGAGCAACCUAUGAGCAUGUCAUGAAACCUGUCAACUCAGAAGAGUAUUGGGUGAAUACUGGACUACUAUCUCCAGAGCCACCCAUCAUUAGGAGACCUGCAGGCCGCCCCACGAAGAAAAAAAGGAAGGCGGACCCUGUUGAAGACGCGCGUGAUAGAUCAAAAGGACGACGAACAUUCAAGGUUACCUGUCAAAAAUGUGGCGAAUCUGGCCACAAUGCAAAAACAUGCAAGGGACCACCAAGGCCUAAACCCCCACCAAAGAAUAAAGGUAAAAAAAAGGGUAAUGGAAAUGGAUCCACCAUUGCAGCAGGGUCACAGGAAGAAGUACAAGUAACCCUCUCAACCCCUCAACCACAGCCACAGGUACCUUUCUAAAUUGGAUUAUAUUCGAUGCUUUGUAUGCCAUUCAUGUACUUACUUGUCUUGUUACUUUGUCUUGUGUUAGGAGAAAACUACUAACUCAUCCAACCAAGUUGCAUCAAUAACAAGUUUUAGGCCUCCAAGACCUAAACAACAAAUUCUGAGACCUCAUGUAGCUCCGGUUACUGCCCCAACACCUCCUAUGAAGCUUGUUUCGGCUCCAAGACCUUUACCUCCACCAACUUUGACUCCUCCACCUACAGCCCCAUUUGCUCCAGUGCCUAGGUCACUCCAUCCGAAUCAGAUACCAAGAAUCUCUCCGGAAACAG